AUGCAGUCAUUUAUCAUCUCAUCCAGACUUGCAAGAGAAAAUGUUUGAACAUUUUCAGAUACGUAUCUGUCUCUGCCUCCGGUUCUCGGUUUAUAUAGUUAUGACUAUUGGCAAAAAAUGUAAACGAAUACAAUAUCGUUGUCGUCUACUAUACAACGUUAUUAAAAUUAUCAUUUAUUUAAAAAACACACAAGUGAUGAGCACGCAAGGCUCACCUAGUUUGGUGCACAGAUAUCCUGUUUCCCUCAGAAGAGUUGGAAGUAGACCUAAUUUCCACUUUGGAGACACUUGAUACCCACAGCUGUAAACGCGUGCACAUUCCGCUGCGCCGACGGUUGCCGAGAGACUGAAGCGUGUGAGUGCUGUACCACGCUGCGGCGAUACAGUACGGCCGGGUAACGCGCGGAGUUGGAGCUGGAAAUGGGCGUGACUGUACUACCCGGCCGUACCGCAUCAGGGCCGUAUGCUCCGCUGUCUCCCGUCACGGGGAGAGUGAUUAUCAUUUGGGUUGAUAUAGAUAACGUGCAUAUUUUCACCUACAGGCCAAACGGCUGGACGGAUUUUCACAUAUGAGGUAUCGUUGGAUUUGCCUUAGCGGUGCGAGUCUAGUGCCACUCGCAUUGAAAUUUUAUAAAAAAACAAAAUGGUGGGUUUUAAUAAAAGAUUUCAACCUUGUAAUUCCUA